AUGGUCACCAUCUUACAAUACUCGGCGGAUGUGACCGCAACGACAAUCUCAACAUACAGAUCCGAACUAUCCGCACAGCUGGCACAAAACCUCGGCAAAUGGAGCUUCGAGCUGAAAAUGUACAAACCCAACCCAGCGUCGAUUGGGCGGUCGGAGCACCAUAACGGCAACAUUCCUCAAGGACAACAGGAGGCAGCCGCAGCUGACCAGGAAAUAGGAGGAGUCGCAGCUCUUUAUACUCUUACACAAGCCCAUUCUAAGGGUGACAUGGUCUACGUGACACAAGGGUCGGCAGUACAGGGACAGCCUGGAGUGGUGGUCAGCGACUCGUUCGACAUGGUGUUGCAGAAUAAAAUGAAAAGUAUAUGGAUUCUGAGACAGACGCUAAGAGGUGAUGGCGCGGAAUAUGAGCUCAUGGGCGAUGCAUAUGGACGGGUGAAGGUCCGGUUGGCCAAUGUGUUUCUACAGGGCACCUUCCGAGGCCUGCUCUUCCAGUAUGAGUAUGAGGGAGACACUCUGGACGACCGGCAGCAGCAACAUCUGAUGGAGUUCAUCCAGAGCUCCGGGUUCCCCUCCAGCAAUCUUAUCAUCGGAGGCAAUGGCUCUGGACUGGUGCAGACCGGCACACAGUUUGUGGAGGCUUUGGCACAGAAGUAA